UUAGCCCGCUUGCCUGCCUGCCUGCCUGGCCGGAGGAUUGCCCGAGGGAAUUUGCUGCCUGUCUUCCAGGGACCGCCCGAGGAAAGACAGGGAGAGAGGGUGGGUUGUGCAUUUGGGCGUCCCGUUCGAAGCAGCAAGCAAAGCCGCCAGAGGAUGUUGAGUCUAAUGCGGAGGGGGAGGAGGGUCGCUGCUGCUUUGCAAGCCUCUGGCAACGGCAGGAAGAGGAGAGGAAGGUGGAUCUAAAACUUUGAAGUGGGAUGCUGUGCCGAGCUGAGCGGCUGCGGCUGUUUUCCUGAUCGCCUCGAGCUCUCACUCCCUCACGCUCUGUCCUGAAGUGGUGCUUUGCUUGGGAUUUUCAAGGGCACUUCCCCCCCUUCUUCCCUCGUGUGUGUGGAGGAAAACUCCUGGAUGCUGCUAUUGCAGCUGCUUCUCCAUCGCCGGCGGUGAUUUCUUACCUGCCCCCCCCCUUUGCCUCGGGCGCCAGGCCUGCAGGGAGGAAUCUUCCUCGAGCUGAUCGGGUACGAUGGGCUCCUGAGCCUGAGCAGAGAUCGCGGGCGCUGUAGAUCGCCACCUGCUGCAAAGGCGGUUACCCCGGCUGCUCAUUGGUGCCCCACCGGCUCCCCUUUGCCCAUCUACCCGUGUGUGUGUGUGUGUUCUCUCUUUUUCCUGUCCUGUGACUCCGAGGGCGGCUGGUUCCUUUUUGGUGCGUGUCUCGCCCUUGGCAGUGAGAAUGAAGCCCUCCACGGGGAUCCCUUCCAAGUGAGCCUCCCGGCAAAGACACGGAGGGAACGAGGCUGCCUCCUCUUCACCGCAGGACCUCUAGAUCCUGUCCAGCAAGCCCCGGAUCGCGAUGGGGCUGGAAGUGCCGCCGAGCGUCCCCCCGAAGCCUCCUCUCUUCAAGCUGAGGAAAGUUCGCAAGAGGCGGGAGAUGCUCUUGCAGCAGCUCGGCUUCAUCUGCGCGAUCCUCUUCUUCGUCUGGUGCAUGUCCACCCUGCUCUCUAAGCUAGGACAAGAAUCGGCUGUUGUUGACAAAAAUGUUCAGUCAGAAUUAUGGAGGAAUAGAAGAUUGAUGGCAUCAAACAACGAGUCACGUGAACAAACGAACUGCACAAAGCCUGCAAUUAAAGAAUUUCCUAAAGAUUUAUUCACAAAUAAGGAAAGGCAGAAAGGAGCAAUAUUGCUUCAUAUUACUGGUGCUCUGUAUAUGUUUUAUGCCUUGGCCAUCGUAUGUGAUGAUUUCUUUGUUCCAUCUUUAGACAAAAUUUGUCAGAAACUACAUCUGAGUGAAGAUGUUGCAGGAGCCACAUUUAUGGCCGCAGGAAGCUCAACCCCAGAGUUAUUUGCAUCUGUCAUAGGUGUGUUUAUCACUCAUGGGGAUGUAGGAGUUGGAACCAUUGUCGGUUCAGCUGUUUUCAAUAUCCUCUGCAUUAUUGGGGUCUGUGGACUUUUUGCUGGACAGGUGGUCCGUCUCACGUGGUGGUCUGUGUUCAGAGACUCUGUCUACUAUACUUUGUCUGUGGUUGUGCUUAUCGUGUUUAUAUACGAUGAGAAAAUUGUAUGGUGGGAAAGCCUUGUUCUCAUCAUUAUGUACUCGUUCUAUAUACUUAUCAUGAAGUACAAUGUGAAGAUGCAGAACUUCUUUACUAUCAAAAGCAUGAAUGUUGGCAAUGGCAACACUGUCAACAGCGAGCUGGAAGAUGGUAAUGAAUCUUUUGACAUUAGCUGUGAUGACUCUUCAGUGCCAUUGCUGUGGAAAGUGAAGGGAGCACAACAGCGUGGCCGGAACUCCGUUGUGAUGGUCGAUGAGAUUAUUUGUUCCAGCCCUCCAAAAUAUCGCUUCCCCGAAGCUGGUUUGCGAAUAAUGAUCACCAACAAAUUUGGACCGAGAACCAGGCUACGGAUGGCAAGCAGGAUUAUUAUUAACGAGCGCCAGCGACUAAUUCACUCUGCCAAUGGCAAGCUGAUCCAGAAUGGGAAACAUGAGAAUAUUGAAAAUGGGGCCAUCCAUGUUGAUAACCAAGAAGAGGAGAAUGAACAUAUCAUCUUGUCUCCAUUUUCACCUCCAGAAGGAAAAGUUGACAAACUCAAAUGGAUUCUGUCCUGGCCACUGAUAUUCCUGCUGUUUUGCACCAUCCCAAACUGCAGUAAGCCACGCUGGGAGAAUCUUUUCAUGGUGACGUUCAUCUUAUCUACCCUGUGGAUUGCCUUGUUUUCCUACUUUAUGGUCUGGCUGGUUACCGUGAUUGGUUACACUCUGGGGAUCCCUGAUGUUAUCAUGGGCAUUACCUUCCUAGCUGCAGGAACCAGUGUGCCAGACUGUAUGGCCAGUUUAAUAGUAGCAAGACAAGGCCUAGGUGACAUGGCAGUGUCCAACACAAUUGGCAGCAAUGUGUUUGACAUUCUAGUUGGCCUUGGAGUACCAUGGGGCUUGCAGACGAUGGUGGUUCAUUACGGCUCAGAUGUCAAGAUAAACAGCAAAGGUCUAGUCUAUUCUGUUGUGCUUCUCCUGGGAUCUGUAGCUCUUACUGUUGGUGGAAUCCAUAUAAAUAAAUGGAAACUUGACAGGAAACUGGGUGUCUACGUGCUCACCCUUUACGCUAUCUUCUUGUGUUUCUCAAUAUUGAUAGAGUUUAAUGUCUUUACUUUUGUCAACUUUCCAAUGUGCCGAGAACAUGACUGAAAGAGGCCACGAUCAGACAUCAUCUGGAUCCAUUGUGCUAUAAGUGACAGGAGACAUUUUACAUUUCUACCUGCUUCUUAUCCAAAAUUUCAGUGUCUUUCCUGCUUCAUCACCUUACAAGCACUUUUCCUGUACUUGGAAGGAAAGCAGAUGCUUCUUAGAAUAACACACAAACUCAAGGCAACCAAAGCAUUUACCUCUUCCUCCUCUUUGGAUUUUACUGCUCCAUCACACAGCUCUGUGGAUCUCAUGCAGAACACACAAAAGCCCACUGGUAUCCUGUUUCAGUCUCAUUAAGGCCGGAGAUCAUCCAUCAACAUGAAGUCUGGGGGGGGGACAUACCUUCCUUGGCUUUCCAAAUAAGAGAAAAAGAGAAUGGGCCAGGAUUUUAUCUUUGCUCCUUGCAAGCAUCUUGGCCAUGGCCUCUAAUGCAUGCACUACUAAGGACCUCGCCCCUUUCAAGUGCUCUGUUUAAAGAGAACUUUCACUGAUGCUGAGGAGUCUUUGGUGGUGUUCAGGAGUACUCUGUCACCCAAUGUUUAUUUUAUUUUUUAAAAGAAAGACACAAGAACAGUGAAGAGGAGGAAAUGGAUAAUACAGAACUACUAAUGAUGUACUCUAAAACUCAUGGAACCUGAAAUAUGGCUAUCCAUACUUGAAAUCAGCAACAACACAUUGCUCUACAAUCAGUGAGGAGCAAUUGCAAAUAUCAAGCAUGACUAUACAGGGAAUAUUAGGCUUACAAGUCAAAAUGUGCCAGCACCAGUAAGCGUACCUCCUAAUUAUAGAGGAAAACUGAAAACUUAAAUCCUGGGUGCUCAGUAACUAAUAGUGGAGGUAAUCAUCUGAAAAAUGUGAGUCUAAUGCAAUGCCCUGCAGGUCUUCAUAGUUGCACUAUAGAUUUGGAGGUGUUUUAAAUAUUCAAAAUAGAUACAGCUGCUCUAAAAGAUUGUUGGCCAAUCCUUGGUUUGUUAUUGUUCUGUUGUGAGGACCCAUCUCCUCAGCCCUGAAGGUGGAUUGAAAUGUGAGCUGAGUCUCUUGAGCGCCCAGUGAAAAUGGCUGUGCCAUCACUUUGCCACACGCCCUGGCCCUUCUUUUUCAAGCGGGUGCCUAUUUUAGCAAAAGGCUUUGGGGAAAUUGGGCAGCAGGAACACGGUAAUAGAGCUGUUAAUCUGCUUUGGGAAACUGGGGUCUGAGCACGUAUUGAAAUAAUCAUGAGAUGCUGCAUGGUGAGUGCAGAUGUACUUUUGUUCCUGCAGCCCAACACAUUUGAACCCACUUUAGGGCAAAGGCUAGACCUGUCUAAUUAGCUCUGUGAUCAUUAGCAGCUAAGAGUGGCAAAACCAACUGGUUAUCUGUUUCAAGUGAGAUUGGCAAGCACUUCAUUCCCAGUCCAGUGAAGCAACUGAGAACAAAUGAAAAAAAAUGAUCUCAAUUGAGAAAAACUGAGACUUUUUUAACUCCAAGCACAUGGGCAGUUACAUGGAAGAAAGCAAGGGCGUCAACUCUAUCUGCAUGCUUAAUUGCUUUGCUGACAUACUGCUCAGCACUUUGCAGCUCUCUUCCCUAGGAAGAGGGAUUGGUUGUUAAAUCAUUCUGGAAAUUGUAGCUCUGUGAGGGAACAGGGGUCUCCCAACAGCUCUCAGCACGCUUGCUAAACUACAGUUCCCAGCAUUCUUUGGGUGAAACCAUGACUGUUAAAGUGAUGUAAGAGGGCUUUAAAUAUAUGGUACGGAUGUGGCCCAAGCAUACAUCAAGAAUUUCUGUUAGCUUAAUCUACAUGCAAGAAGUUUUUGUUUGCUUGUUUUUGAAAAACAUGAGUGACUGGGCAACUAAGUUAAGAGAUUUAGCGCCCUAGAACCACAGUCUGGUUUCCAUUUCUCACCAGCAUAUAUCACAAAUGAAAUAAGUCUAUUUUUUUUAUGUGACCAAGAGGAGAGCAUCUCUUGCAUCAUGUUCCUGCUCUUCUUGCAUAACAUCUGAAACAAAAACUUGUGCAUCUCCAGCAGCGUGAGGUACACAAUUUGAACCCUAGAUCUCAUGUGUCUCUCUGUAAGGGAAAUGCAAAAGGCCCCACUUUAGACCUUUUAAGAAGAAGCACAAAAACAUGAAGCGCAAGUUACUUAUACUUAGGAAGAUAGGAAUCUGCCUUAUACUGAGUCAGACUAUUGCUCUAUCUACCUUAGUAUUGUCUACACUGACUGGCAGCGACUCUCCAGGAUUUCAGACAGGGAUCUCUCCCAGCCCUUCCCAGACAUACUGUGGAUUGAACCUGGGACCUUUUGCAUUUAAAGCAAGCACUGUGCCACUGAGCCACAGCACUUCCUGGUAAUAUCUGGUGGUCAUAUGACAUGCUGAAAUGGUGAUCCCAACAAGAUUCACCAAAAAAAACAUUUAGUACAUUUUAAUACCAUUCCUUUACUCCAAAAUGAUGUGUUGUAAAGUUGCACUCAUGAAUGCAGAAUUUAUACAGAAGCACAAGUUCUCUUUAUACAUAGCUUUUUAUUUUUUUAACUUACAUUGCUAAAUAAAAUAUAUUGGAUAGUGAAAAGAUUUUGUGGAUUAAAAAAACCCACAUUAAAUAUAUUUUUGCAUAGUCAGCUAAUUGGCAGAAUUCCUGCGCUAAGUGCAUCAACAACAGAAUACUACACCACUGGAGGAACAAGCAAGACUUUUCACAAAAGACUUAAAAACUGCUUGAAUCACAUAGAGAUCUGUGUUGUUGUUGAUCGAUGACACUGAUGUCCUAGCUGAUUAUCAGUCUCUCUGUUCACAAUUUUUCCCACUGUAAAGGUCCCCCCAGUCAAGCUCCUGUAGAAUAGGAUAUUCCUUUCCUUUUCAUCCAUCAAUUUUAGUCCAUACUUACCUAAUUCACAGUAACCAUAGAGGAACUUCUGGAAAGGGAGGAAAGGCAAAAAUAAAAAACCCUGCCUCAAAAUAUACAACUCUGUGGUUAAAAAAAAAAAAAGGCAUCGUGUGCUCCCUUAUGCUCACAGGAAGCAUUUUGAAAUGCAUCAAAGUUGCAAUGCAGAUUUAAACAUUCCUUCCUCUAUUUCCCUGGGCUGAUACAAAGCUGUGUUACAGGCUGGUUCACAUGUGUAUGUUUAGUUCAUCUGAUAAACAUCAGGUGUGAAUGAGCCAUCAUCAGGGAUAGAACAUUCAUAAUUACCUCUCCUUAAACACAAGAUUUCUCAAAGGAAUUGAAUCACACAGGGCAAUUGCACACAUUACAUGGAGAAAAGCCUGGGUUUGCUCAUGUGCACAGCAGCCAGUCCUGGCUCUCUAAUGUGUGUUGAGUACAUGAUAAAAAAAAGUUUGCAUACACACAGCUUCUUAGUAUGAUAAAUACGUUUCCAUGCACAUGACUGUCACGUUCACAGGUAGGUUUUAGGUGUAAGAUGACUCAGCAUUGAAGUGUUCAGUAAUCGGAGUAUGUGUGUGCAUAUCCGAACCAGCUCAGAGGCAUUCACACAUCCAUACAAGCAACAGAAAGAAGCUAAAAGGCAUGGUUGGUGUCGCUUGUGCAAAAGUCUAUGCAGUCUGUCUCCUGUAUGCAUUAAUCAUUCAAAUCGCACAGAACUGCUGAUCCUUUUCAAUACAAAUGUGUGCACAGGACAUUCAUUAUACUGGGAAGGGUACUGUAAAUAAGAAAAACAUCCAGAUCACUUUUUAAUUGGAUUGGUAUAAUUGGUAUUGCUUCUUGUGAACCAGUUUUUUGUGCAAAGGGAGAAACAUCUUAAUCCUCUUUUGUCCUUUAUAACAAAUAUCAGUAUUGACUAGGCUGGCAAGUUAAUCCCAAGAAAUCAGUUUCAGUUUCCCUAAUGCAGACGUUUGCAGCAGAAAAGUUAAAACUUGUCAUCCUAUACUUGGCACAUGGGAGGGAGGAUGUAGAGAUGCCAUACCCUGCUCUGAGGGGGGCAGGAAAAUGUUUUUGUGUCUCUUUCUGCCUCAAGAGCCAAUGAACAGCUGCUAACAUGCUGCUUAAGAUGGCUUUCUGGCCUCCUCCACCCUCAUGGCUGAGCCCAAUCCCACCAAGACAGAGAGUAACUGGAAGAGCAUCAGUGAAGCAGUGAUGAUUCCUAUUAAGUUGGAAUUUUGUUCCUGUGGCAGAGCAGGAGAACAAGAUGUCCCCACAAGCUGGCUGCAGUGUUGUGUGCACAUGCUGCUGUCUCAGCACAGAAGCUUAUCAGAUGAGACUGUUAAGUCUCUCUGAUUGGAUUAGCCCUUUGUAAGGAUACCCGAUAGUGCCAAUAGGAUAAGGAGGGUUGCUUAGGUAGGCACGAUCUUUAUGGUGCAUCCUGGUAGCAUCCUGGUGCCUUUGCAUCACGGCAUCAGAGAGAACUUCUACGUAAUAUAUAACCCAGGGUGGACUUUAAAACCACUUUUCCUAGGGAUGCCAUAGCUUAGGCUAAAACUGGGCAGGAAAGAUAAGUGAUACAGGAAGAGGCAUUGUGUGCUUGUACAGUUCUCAAAUAAUGAAAGGUCUGUGUUUGUAUAAGAGUUUCCUUCCUCUUCUUCCUCUUCCUUUGCUUGUGGACCUAAGAGACAAAAACUCUAGCCACAGAUCUCAUUCCAUCAUCAGUCUCAUGGCAAACUUGACUGAAAAUUGCCUACACUGUAAAGGAGUCUGGAUUUGGGCUCCAAAACCCCACAGCCCCCAGAUCCUGAAUUGAUGCUAAAUUUGUUAUAGUACUGGUUACUUUUUGACAGAUACUAAUCCAAUCAGUCUCAUAAAAGACUAUUCUAUUUGGUAUAUGAUUAAAUUGGCAUUUUAUAUGAGUGCACACACAAAGAAAUACAUAAUUUGCCAAAAAAUGUACAUAUGAUGGCAGUGAUGUGGAACCACAUAUAGUAAUAUAUGCUAAAGAGUCCUAUAAUAUAGUUGAUCUGUAUGCAAUAGCCUAUAGUAUCCAAGCUAUGCAGACAAAGUGAGCUUCCUGGGGGUGAGGACUUGACAUUUAACUUAUUCCUGUAUUUGUAGAAUUCCCAAGAACUCCGAUAUUUUUGCCAAGAAUCCCCAAGCUGGUCUCAAACUUGUGCCUGUGUUCCUUACUCCUGACACAUAUUUGCUCAUAUGGUCUGAAAAGAUAAUACAGUGGGUGGCAAUCAACAAAUGUGUCCCAUUAGUGCAAUGAUUUCUGCUUGAGCCAUGGGACUUUUCCCCCUCCUCUGCUCCCCCUGUGCGUGCCCUGCUCCACCCCCCCUAAUCUGCUCUAGGAACCCCUAGCACAGAUUGGGGAGGUGCAGGGAGAGGAGAAGGGGAGAAUGUUCUGCUGCACAAGCAGAAAUAAUUGCACUGAUGGAAUGUUCAUUUGCCAUUAUCUUGGAUACAAACCAAUUUUUUUAAGGGAGGGAAUUUCCAAGAAAUUUUACAGUAAUGAUUUAUAUCCACUUUUCCUUACAAAAUGACAAGAACUUUCUUCACAUCCAGUAUAGACAUGUGUGGAAACAACUGUCUUUAUUAGAGAAAGCUGAGUAAGUUUUAGAUUGACUGUGUAAGUGCGUUGUAGGAGUCUUGAAGUGGAUGAGAGAGAAGUCUCUCUACUGUGAUACCAAAGUGGCCCAUAGAUUAAACAUGAACAAAAUUGCUUUAUUUCACUGCAUGAAAGUGAACAAGAUGGGUGGAUUUUAACGUAAGGCACUGAAGUCUCAAAAGGCUGAUUCACAAACCAGCAGUACUUUGCUCUUACGGUGGCUUAUAUGCCAGACCUAUGAGCCAUUGCACCAGCAAAUGAAUAUGAUCGUUUGCAAGAUUGCUACCCAAGCACACCCCCACAGUCCCAGAGGGAGCAAUCCCAGGAUGUUGUGCUGGUACAGCACAGUUUCUCAGCUUAGGCAACACCACUGAUUACUGUAUGAGUAGCAAUGGUGUUAUACAAAGUGAUUGUGUGCCAGAGGAGUAUGCUUCUCUGUGCAGCAUCUUAAAGGCAUUGUUAGGCUUGUUGUUCUAGGGGCAUGGCUGCAGCUUUGGGUAGGAGGUUCGUGGGUAGAGAUGAGUUGAAGGUUACUUUUCCCCACACAUUUUCAGAACUUACAAAAGCACACAGCAUUUUAUUUGGGGGGGGGAGUUAAGAACAGGAGCAAAAGGGUUUGCACUUUCAGAGCAAUGGGGGAAAGUGGUGCCUUCAGUCUUAAUUGGUUUUCUGACUUCAUAAUGACACCUCAUUUAAUUGGCUUUAUGGCAUCAUACGGUCGACAUCUUCACAAUGCAGUCCCUAACUGGCCAAGCCAUAUUGUCAAGAAGACAAAGAUUAAAUAAAAUAAUAUAAAAGACAAUGAAGAAGCAGAUUGUGGAAAUAAGCAAAUAAGCAGUUGCCCUAAGGCAAGAAAGGAGCUAAAGUAGUAAUCCAAAUCCUCAAAAAAGUCUAUUUUAAUGGCAAAAAUGUCACCAUGUUCAACACUCAGACAAGCUGAUGCUCUUGAGAAGGGCACAUAUUCAGGUAAGAGCCCUUAGCUGGAGGAUAAACCUAGGUUUCAGGUUCAGUCCCUGUUAUCUCCAGCUUAAAAGAUCUUGGGUUCCAAGGAUUAAAGAACUGGGAUGAUCUUGGAGAGUUGCUGUCAGUCAUUAUUAAAUUAGAUGGACUCAGUAUAAGGUAGCUUCAUAUCCCAUUAUGGAUGCCA